AGCGGAAGUGAUGUCAGUGCACCACCGCCAUCUUUUCCGGUGCUGGCUCCUCUUGGUCAGUGCAGUUUCGCCUUUAUGGUGGUGGAGUCCGCCCAGGCUGUGGACCACAAAUAACCCUGUACAAAGAGGAAUGGAGAUUGCUUCUAUCCACCUAGAUUCAUAAGCUGCCCUGAGGUGAUCUUGGCAUCAAGGAAGGGAUGCACAUCACACCAUCAGCUUCAGAGCAUGACAGCCAUUUAUUUGUCCCGUGGGUUUUUUUCCAGGGAACCAAUCUGCCCUUUUGAAGAAAAGACAAAGGCAGAAAGGAUGGUGGAGGACUACCUGGCAAAUGGUUAUCAGGAUUCAGUGACGUUUGAUGAUGUGGCUGUGGACUUCACCCCAGAGGAGUGGGCUUUACUAGACACAACUGAGAAAUACCUCUACAGAGAUGUGAUGCUGGAGAACUACAUGAACCUGGCCUCUGUGGAAUGGGAAAUACAACCUAGAACCAAAUGGUCAUCACUUCAACAAGGUUUUUUGAAGAAUCAAAUAUUCAGUGGGAUACAAAUGACAAGAGGCUACAAUGGAUGGAAACUCUGUGACUGUAAGAAUUGUGGAGAGGUCUUCAGGGAACAGUUUUGCCUUAAGACACACAUGACAGCUCAGAAUGGAGGGAACAUUUCUGAGGGUAAUUGUUAUGGAAAAGACACCCUCAGUGUGCACAAGGAAGCCUCUACUGGACAGGAACUUUCCAAAUUUAAUCCACGUGGAAAAGUCUUCACUCUAACUCCAGGUCUUGCUGUACAUCUUGAGGUUUUCAACACAAGACAACCCUACAAAUGUAAGGAAUGUGGAAAAGGCUUUAAGUAUUUUGCGAGCCUUGAUAAUCACAUGGGAAUCCACACUGAUGAGAAACUCUGUGAAUUUCAGGAAUGUGGGAGAGCUGUUACAGCUUCCUCGUACCUAAAGCAGUGUGUAGCAGUUCAUACAGGAAAGAAAUCUAAAAAGACUAAGAAAUGUGGGAAAUCCUUCACUAAUUUUUCUCAACUUUAUGUGCAUGUGAAAACUCAUAAAGGAGAGAAGUCCUUUGAAUGUAAAGAAUGUGGAAGAUCCUUUAGAAGUUCCUCAUGCCUUAAUGAUCACAUUCAAAUUCACACUGGAAUAAAACCACACAAGUGUACAUACUGUGGGAAAGCCUUCACUAGAUCAACUCAACUUACUGAACAUGUAAGAACUCACACUGGAAUAAAACCCUAUGAAUGUAAGGAAUGUGGCCAAGCCUUCACUCAGUACUCAGGACUUUCUAUACACAUACGAAGUCACAGUGGAAAGAAACCCUAUCAGUGUAAGGAAUGUGGGAAAGCCUUCACUACAUCCACAAGUCUUAUUCAGCAUACAAGAAUUCACACAGGAGAGAAGCCUUAUGAAUGUGUUGAAUGCGGGAAGACCUUCAUUACUUCUUCCCGUCGUAGUAAACAUUUGAAAACUCAUAGUGGAGAAAAGCCCUUUGUAUGCAAGAUAUGUGGGAAAGCAUUUCUAUAUUCCUCACGCCUUAAUGUUCACCUGCGAACUCAUACCGGAGAGAAACCCUUUGUAUGUAAAGAAUGUGGGAAAGCAUUUGCUGUUUCCUCACGCCUAAGUAGACAUGAAAGAAUUCACACUGGGGAGAAACCCUAUGAAUGUAAGGAUAUGAGUGUUACCAUUUAGCCCAUUGGUUGACAUCUUUAAUUAUUGGCAAUGACACCAAAGAUUAUCAGAUUUGUCCUAAAUGCCUUGUAGAGGUUGUAAUGACUCAUGGAUUGGCCUUAGAUGCCAUCCCAAGGGUCUGAAAUUAAACCUACAGGUUCAUGGUUGCCUGAGUCUGGGCAUCUGUGAAGAAGGGUCAUGGAUGGUGAGGUCAGUACUGCAGGCUGCCUCACCUUGGUGAUUAGAUUCCUAAGAUCAUAGCAUUAACAAGUUCUGUAUGAGAUAAAUCAUGCAGAUUGAUCCCAGCCCCUCUUAGUGGCAGCCAGUGUGGCACAUUUAUGUCAAAAUUUGCCAGAAGGCAAGAUGAUGUAGGACCCCAAAGGUGGGUUGUUAAGAGAUGCUCCUCCAAGAGUCUCUUCUGUUCCCAUGGAUCCUGCAGAGCAUAUCAGGAAUGAAACCAUCCAUAACUGCCAGUGCACUUUCACAGCUGAUUAUUUCUGUGUCCCCUUGUAAAAUCUAAGAAGUGUAACAGCCUUGCCUGUUCUGCCUUGUAUGUCUAUUUUAGAUGGAACAAUGUGAGUGGCAAUGUCUCUUCUAGUAUAAUCCAGUCUCCUCACUUCUGUUAAGGUGGCUGAUAUAGUCCAUGAGUCUCAUUUGUGAUCUCUUUAUCAGAUGAGUGUUCAGCCACACUUUCAGGAUUCUCUUCAGUACAAGUUUUCUAAUUUUUGCAUUAUGGAUAGGCUGAGAAUUUUCCAAAUCUCCAAGUUCUGGUUCCUUUUCCCUUAACAAUUUCUUCUGCAAUUCAGGUCUCCUCUUCUGCAUUUUUGCCAAGACCAGCUGGGUCAUGGAGAUCCUAACCCAGUGGCUCUAGAUUAAUUAAGACAGAGACACAGAAAUAGAAUGCAGAGUGGGAAUCGGGGCUCACAGCCUUCAGAGCUGAGAGCCUUGACCAGAGUUUGACCCACAUAUUUAUUGACAGUAAGCCCAUGAUAAACAUUAUUUCUAUAGAUUAUAGAUUAGCUAAAAGUAUUCCUUACAGGAAAGAAAGGGACAGGCUCUGGCUUGUUAUCUGCAGCAGGAACAUGUCCUUAAGGCACAAAUCACUCAUGCUAUUGUUUGUGGUUUAGGAAUACCUUGAGCAGUUUUCCAGUUUUCCAUCCUGGGUGGGCCAGGUGUUCCUUGCCCUCAUUCUGGUAAACCAGCAACCUCCAGCAUGGGUGUCAUAGUCAUCACGAACAUGUCACAGUGCUGCAGAGAUUUUGUUUAUGGCCAGUUUCUCAUGGCCUGUUUAUGGCCAAAUUUGGGGGGCCCAUUCCCAGCACAUUUUCCUGUAAGCAGUCAGGAAGAAUGAAGCUUCCUGUGUCCUUUAAUACUUCAAUUACAAAUCUUAGUGAUACAUACCGAGUUUUAUCUCUCUCAAUCUCUACCUUCCACAAAGUGCUAGAAUACAGUUCUGCCAAGUUCCUCACUACUUCGUAUCAAGGGUUGUCUUUUCUUCAUUUCCCAAUAGCAUGUUCCUCAUUCCCCAGUGACACCUCACCAGAAUCACCCUUACUAACCUUAUUUCCAGCUUGCACAUCAGAAUUUUUCCAGCCUCUACUCAUUUGUCAGUUUCAAAUCUGCUUCAUAUUUUUAGUUUUUUUGUUUGUUUGUUUUUAAUCUGCCUUAAUGAGCUCAGGCCACUGUAACAAAAUACCACAGACCAAAUGGCUUACAAAUUCAUUUAAUUUUAAAUAAAUGAGGUUAAAAACAAA